AUGUUAAACUUUCAUGUUAUCCAGAUAAAAAAUUUAUAGAAUAGAUUCAGAAUGCAGAAGCCCUGCUACUACUGUCUCUCCGUCUAUAACACGAAAAUUAUUUUCCGUAUACGACAAUAUAAUCGAAAGUUGGCAUGAACGUCUUUGGCAUUUGGUCUUUCCGCUUUAGGACUCUGCUUGGGAGAAAAAAAAUCUACCUGAUGGCGGCAGCCAGAAGUUUAGUUUAGCUUAUAAUAAAGAUGCAACUCAUUGUACUUUAGGCUGUCUUCAUUUCAUCUCAUUUCUGCGUUUUAUUGGGUACUUACUUGCCUAUCUGCGUGACAGCAAAAUGAUUCAUAUUAAUAAAAAGCGCACCAUAUAUCCAGCCGCUCCAUCGGAAGCUCAACAGAUCAAACUGUCGUGCUUAGAUUUAACAAUGUUGUUCGCCCACUAUAGUCAAAAAGGCCUCCUCUAUCAAACCCCUGCGGACGACUUCUCCUAUUAUGUAGACCAUCUUGCCGAAAAGCUACCCGAGGUUCUGGUAAAAUUUUAUCCUUUGGCCGGCCGGUUAACAACUAGUCCUCUGGAUGGCGGAAUUUACAUCCUCUGCAACGAUUCGGGCGUCGAAUUCAUCGAAGCCACGGCAAAAGACCUAAGUAUUGCGGAUCUGACCACAGCAGAAGUUACCCCAGCUGUCGAAGAACUAUUUGCCCUCAACGGGGCCGUCAAUUUUGAAGGCCAUCGCCUUCCGUUGCUCGUAAUCCAGGUAACUCAGCUAAAAGACGGGGUUGCCGUAUGUUGCACGCUCAACCACGCCAUAGCCGACGGCGCUUCGUUCUGGCAUUUCUUUAAUUCGUGGUCACAUCUCUGCAGAACAAAUGGCAAUAAAAUUCCCGGUAAUCCUGUAUACGACCGUUCGCUGCUAGAACCUCCUGGAUCUGCAAUUAGACUUGGCCUUGACCCGGACGGUCACAUCCAGCGCUUUAAGGCGCCUCCACUGCGGGUAAAAUUGUUCCAUUUCAGCGCCCAUACGAUCAGCCGCUUAAAGGAGCGGGCCAACGAGGAUUCGUCCUUUACGAUCUCUUCGUUCCAGGCGUUGUGCUCACACGUGUGGCGGGCAGUCACGCGUGCCCGGAGGCUCUGCCCGGACGAACUCACGACAUUUCGUUUUUCUGUCAAUUGUCGGCAUCGCCUUCUUCCUCCGCUGCCCCGCUCUUACUUUGGCAAUGGAAUUCAGGGCAUACGUGUGACCGCCACAUCUGGGGAGCUUAACAGUUUGCCUCUUUCUUUCCCGGCGGGUUUGUUGAACGGUCUAAUUGAAGGUCAUAUGGACGGGGUUAUUAGGGAAAAGAUUGAUAAGUGGCACAAGGAGCCGGUGGUGUAUAAGCUGGAUGAGUUUGAAAAGAAUUGUUUGUUGAUGGGCAGUUCUCCGCGGUUUGAGAUGUAUGAGAAUGAUUUUGGGUGGGGACGACCCGCAGCGGUUAGGGGUGGGACCGCCAACCGUUUUGACGGGAAGAUGUCUGCUCAUCCUGUUCGAGAAGGUGGAGGAAGUGUUGAAUUAGAGAUUUGCCUUCCUCCGUCUGUCAUGAGUGCUUUGGAAAGUGAUGCGGACUUUAUAUGUCCCUCGUCCUUGAUUUAACCCAAGCCAUUUCUAUCAUGUUGGGGGACUUUUGAAUUGAAUCUUCUAUUGAGAUUCUCUCAAUUUUUAUAUGAAAAUAUGAAAAUAAAUGCAAAUCUUUUUUAAAGUAGUCUUGCACAAUUUUUGAAUGCAGUUUCAAUUUGUUA